GCGGCAGCUGGGGCGAGGAAACGUAGUCGAGCCGGACGGGAAAACCUGGCCCUUCUGCACACCACCAUCAUUGUGACAGACAGUUCAGGUUUGACUGCGGGACAAGAAGAUGACUGAAGCCUCAUAUGGAGACGUGGCCAUGCGAAGGAGACAGCAAGUGAUGGAGCUGAGCCAGGAGGUGGACGGAGGGCAACUGGACCUGGGGAAGAAGAUCAGUAUCCCACAGGACAUCAUGAUGGAGGAACUGAAGCUCCUGAAAAACAGGGGUUCCCGCAUGUUCCAGGAGAGGCUCAAGAGGGUGGAGAAGUACACCUUGGAAAACAUAGAAAAUGCAUCCAGCCAUGCAGGCCAGAAGGGGGCAGGACAGGACCAGGCUCAGGGCCCACAGGACUCACAGGACCACGAUGGGAUGGAGAGCUUGGACACAGAGAUAUUUGCUGGUCAGCCUGGGAAAAAAGGUCUGGUGUCAGCUUUGAAGAGCACAGUGGCCAAGAAAGGAAGCCCUUCCGUCCUCGCUCCAGGAUACUCAGGGCCACUGAAGGAGAUCCCUCACGAGAAGUUCAACGUCACUGUGAUCCCCAAGUCCUAUUGCUCACCCUGGCGGAAGGAGCCAAGCGCCAGCGAGAAGCUGCUGACCAUCAACGCUCAGCUCCCAGAGCCACCUGAGAAACUAACGCCGGCCAACUACAGGUGCUUCAACAGAGCACCGAUUCCAUUUGGAGGAAGUGCAGGAAGCACACGGGUGCUGCCGCUGCCCGGGUUCGAGCUGGGGCAGGCGCUCACGGAGCCCAGCCUGACCUGGGAGCGCAUUUCGAAGAGACCCAACUUCAACCGAGCUCCCCAGGGAUGGCACGCCGCCAUCCCCGAAGCCAGCGACCUGCGAGGAGCUGCAGAGUCUCUCUGAAUGACGAGGACACGCGUUACCGCUGCUCUGUCUUCGCCACCGAACUGAACGGAAAAGCAACUCGUGCGAAACCUUUACAGUAAAGGCCGAGAUGGGAAAGCGGCAGCACCUCAUCCCAGUUCAGGACCCCGGUGCUUUUGAAAGUUUAACCUUUACGUUAUAUCAGAGCGGCUCGUUUCGUUAGGGAGGUUUUAUAGGUGAUCUCGGAAAGACAUUUAUUAUGCAACACAGCAAAAUUUUUCAAAGUUCUUAGAUAUGUCCAUUUUUGCGUUGAUAAUGAUUUGUUAAAGUUAACCGAUGACAAAAAUCCAGUAAUUCUUCCAGUGUCAGUUUCAGACACGGACUCUUGCAGCCAUUGGAAGAUUCUAGAAGGCACCAGAACAUUCUAGAAAGCAUCAGAUCCUAAAAGGUCCUGGAAUAUUCGGUGCUUGGAGCGUGGUGCCAAAAUUCGCCAAAAUGUGCUAAUUUCAACAGUGCAAAAUAUUUUUUAAAAAACUGACAUAUAGUGCAAACUAACGCCAAAGCUGUGUUUAAUCCAACAAAACUGAAUGGAAAAUGGAAAAAAAAAAAAAAAAAAAAAA